GUAGCGCGACGCAGUGUAAGCAGAGCAACAGCACUGCUCUGACUCAUUCACACAUUCAUGUGUAAAGAAACGAUUUUGAGAGUGAAACGCGACUCUUUGUGAAAGAAAACAUAACACUGAAGAGUUUUUAGAAGAGCUAACGUCAGCUAACGUUACGAAAAUGCCUAGUUAGCUAACGUUCCUAACGCGGAGUUUUCGCGUUAGCUUAGUUAGCCAUCAGCUAACUGGCUAACACAAACGUGAAACACAAACGGUAAAACUUUGAAGAAACUCCAGCUGCUCUGAGGUCUCUUCAUAAUGGAUGUCAGCAUUGCUGUGUCACUGAUUCGGGGCCAGAUGGGCGCUGUGGUUGAGAGAGCAGUGAAUGGAGCGGUGGAAACUGUGCUGGCUGAGAUGCUCAAAGUGGUCGGAGUGAAAUUUGAGGAGCUGAAAACCCAAGUUGCUCUGAUGAAAAGAGAUGUUGCGUUGUUGCAGAGGGAAAAGGCCCAAAAAGAGAAGGAAAAUGACAACAUUCGAGCCAAGUUGCGCUACACCGAGCUGAAGCUGAAGUACUACAGGCAAGGAGUGGAGGAGGAGCUGCAGCAGAGAGCCUCCUCGGCUCUGGUCCGCAUCCACCCGUCCUCCUUCCUUCAAGCACAGAGAGCUAGUGCAGGAGUCUCCUCCACAGAGACCUCUCCAUCAUGCUUGACUCAAAGCAGGACCUCUGACGGAUCACUGACAACAAGAAACCAAGAAUGUACCUCUCCACACAGCACGAGCAGGCGUGCAGUAAGAGUAUGCUGUAAUUCAGAUGUGGAAGUUGCCACCUCCGACCCAUCUGACUUGAUGCUGCCUGUCUCACUUCCUGUGAGCACACCAACAGACUCUCUGGAUAGCAGCACAGUUUUGUUCUGUCCCGCAGAGCAAGACACAGCUCAGAGCAAGGAUGACGAUCAGGAUGACGACUGUGAGUGGACCAUCACUCUGCAGCCUCAUACAGAAAGCGUGGACGCUGCCAUGGUCCCUCCUGUUGAGCUGGCACUGACUCUGGAUCCAGGGCAGCAGUCAGCUGCCAGCUCUAUGUCCCCUGAUGGCUCCACCCAGGCUGAUAGCUCCACGCUGCCCUCCUCUGCUCCACAGGUGAAGCAGGAGGUUGAGGAGCAGCAACAAGAGGAGGAGGAGGAGGUGAUCUGUAUCAAGGAGGAGCCGGAGGAAGAGCAGGAAAUGAUUGCUAGCCUCAUGCUGGACUGCCAAGUGCCGCAGGAUCAUCUUCCAGAAUCAGAGGCUCAAAGGUCGGCGACACAGUGGUCGGGAACUCCUGCAAGCCAGAGAAAUCACACUUCAACCUCCAGCUCACCCGGACCGAGCACCUAUCCAGUGCCUCAGCCAGUGGCCUCCAUGGUGGCUUUGCCGUCCGGCAUCCCACCUCGCCAGGCGGUGCGGCCCUGGACUAAAGACCUCAGCCUUUACGAAGAAUACAAACUGCGCAGGAACGAGCUCCGCAGGCGAAGCAUCACCAGACGCAGAGAGCUGGAGAAGACAUUACCGCAGCCGCUGCUGGCAGAUCUGGUGCGAGAGCGCAGAGAGAAAACCAGGCUGAGGGUGGCCAGAUGGAGGGCAAAAAGGAAACUCCAGGCCUGUAUCAAUCAGGCUCAGGCGCUAGGUGGCGCUGCAGGUCUUUCUCAAACUGGUUUUCCCAUCAGCAGUCAGCAUCACCAACUCACAGCGACUUGUGCCGCCGCCUCCAGCAGUCAGCCGAGACAGAGCUCAGCGCUGCUGCAGUCCAACAGCUUCCUCAACAACUCCUCCGCAGCAAACAGCAUCUCUGCCCCUCUCCCCUUCAUACCCUCCUCUUCCUCCUCAUCCCUGCUCCUUAGAGGCCCCAGCAUGGCUACACAUCAAUACACUGUCACCUCCUCUUCAUCCUCCUCCUCCUCAUACCCUCAGCGUGUAGAACAGCAGGAAGAGGAAGAGAACUGAGAUGAGCAAGACCAAAGCGAUGAUGAUGUACUUCUUGUAACUUCGCC